AUGGACCACGAGCAUCACCACCAAGAACCUUUUGACGACCAUACCGGAUGGCACGAGAAUGGUCAAUAUCCACACCAUUCGUCACCGGUGCAAGACUUCAAUGGCUUCCACGCCUAUACACCGAUGCCAAUGGAGCCUAUCUACGGAAACGGGAUGCACCCACCGCACCCCCAGCACCCAGCACCUAGGUCGAUGCAUCAACAACUUCAACCCUUGAUCAUGCCGCAAUGGCCCAGCAUGUUAACCAGUCAAUCAACGUAUCAGCCAUCAAUAUUUCCUUCCGCACCUGUACCGAUCACACCAGCUUCAGCGACUCCGGUCUCGGCAACAUCUACACAUUCACGGACGUCUUCAACACCCCGAAAGACUUUGACUGAUCAUGAUCGUCGCCGGAUGUGCCAGUACCACGAGGACAACCCCACAGUCAAGCAGACCGAAAUUGGAGCAAUGUUUGGUGUUGAGCGAAGUACCGUCUCGAAGGUCCUGCGACAAAAAGAGAAGUAUUUGUACCAGGAUGAUGGUAGUCGGUCGCCCAUUAGAAAAUCGAAGGGAAAGUUCCCUGACAUUGAGCGAGCACUCUCGAACUGGGCAAGGAACCACCAGAGGCAAGGUUACCAGCUUACCGACUCGACUAUCCGCGACAAGGCCAGAUUCUUUGCGCAAACCGUGGGCAACUCUGAUAGCCACUUGAAAGCAAACAGCACCAGCUGGCUGGAGAAGUUUAAGCAGAAGAAUCACCUUAUGGGCGCAAAGUCACGCAAAGGGUCUAUAGCAGAAGAGUCAGAAGGCACCUCGAAUCCACCAUCCAAUGCGCAGACUCCAGGAGCUCUUUCACCUUUAUCACCCGAUGACGACUCUCCGACUGUUCCAAACUUGGCCGUCAAGAGGAGCGAGGACAGUCUGAAGACUGAAAGCCCUGAUACAUUCGACUUCUCGGGUCGACGACUUUACCAUUCCCAGAGUACCACUUCUUUAUCGACAGUCGUCACAGAACAGGGUCCCACGAGCCCAACCUCGCCGUUCUUUACACCGGACUCAGCAUGCGGUCCUAACCCAUUCGUUAGCAACCGCCAGGCUUCCAAUGGGCAGCCAGGGACCAACGGCUUCCAGCGGCCACGCAGCCAGACAUUCCCUCUGUUGGAAGGCGUGGCACAGUACGCUUCACCGCCAGCAUCGUCAGACGCGAUGACUCCCAAAUACAUUAGCAGCACCGCGCUCGACUCACCUAUGGCAGAGAUGGGCGAUUCAUUGGGUACAAUCGAUGAGGCUAUGUCCGUAUCACCGACCAAUGUUUCGAACUUGAUGCAGCCGCCGCCUCUACCAACUGCAGGAACAGGCUCACCGGUCUCACCUUCCCAAGAAGAGGCAGCCCGUGCUCUGGAGCUGGUCAUGAGCUUCUUCAAGUCACAGCCGAGCGACUUUGCCGUUGCGCCUGAAGAGUACAUGACCAUGGGCAAGCUUAUGGAGAAGCUUCGAAUCAAGGGCCGAUCCGAGAGCAUGCCAUUGGGCAUUCGACGCGCGUCAGAGCCCGAUUACACCGUCACCAAGCUGGAGACUGUGGACGUUUUGCACUAG